AUGACCCAAAAAUCCUCGAAGUUACCUUCGAUAGUCUACUCUCCUUCUCUGAGCAUACAACUGCAAUUGCCAACAGAGGCACAGAGCCGCAACAAGGUCUUCAAGUCGCUAGCCGGCAGCCUCUGGGUCAAAGACGACAUUGUCGGCAACUUCUUAUUUGGCGCUGCAACCGUGAAACAUUGCAUUGCUAUAGCUAAAGGAGAUAUUGAUAGCGCAACUCAAAUUUUGUUACAUCGUCAAGAGACUGGCCAAAGUCUAACCGACAAGUCUAUUUCUAUUUCUGGACGAAAAAGUAUCGUUGUGGACGACGCAGAGCUCAAAAAUCGUAUUAUUGAGAGAUACUCAUACGUAGACAAAAACGCAACUCAGCGGGAAUACAAGCCGAUGGUACCAAAAUUCGAGCCGAAAAAAUUGGUUCGCUAUCGGGAUAAUAAGAUUGUUUCUUUAAAGGGCGAGCGUUACACUGAAAUCAAGCGCGACGAGGAAGCUGAGUUAAAAAAACCAAAAAAGCAACUUCAACCGUAA